AUCCUGAUCUGUCUUGAUCUGAUACCGGUCUCCGAGCAAAAGCAAGUCCAGAGUGAAUCAGGCCUGAUGGAUAUUGUGCUUCAGUGGACAAUUGAUCCUCGGUACAGUCGGCCUCGGACUAGCCCCACUGAAUCUUGUCGAACUGGGUUUGGAACUACAGACGUUGAUGAACAUUCAAAGACUGGUGCUACUGAACUAAGGCCGCCAAAUGAGCCUUAUCAAGCGCCUCGGAACGCACGGCAGGUGACAGUCGAGCCUUUGAAAACUUACACUUCAGAUUGUGGCAAACCUAGAGUUACAGGAAAAGGAAGGCGGUUCAGUGAUGAGCUAGGAAGCCAAAAGUUGACCACUUUGAUGACAACUGAGCGCCCGGAUUUAUUAACGCCCCCUUUGGAGACUCUAGUUUCUCCAGUACUCUCUAUUACGCACUCAAUCGAUGUGCAUACAGACAAUUCUUUAUUGAAGCCAAAUAUUGAGUCCUCUCAGAAAGCCGAUUCUAUCAAUACAUGCGAUUCUUGUAUCAAUGUUCUUAGUACUGAAAUGACAGAAGCGAUAGCCAAACAAUGCACUUAG